AUGUUAAGUCAUUCCUUUGCCGCAUUCACUGUGAUCGGUGGUAUUGUUCAGAAUAUGGUGCUCUCCCCAUUUCUCCUUUUCCUUUCGUUCUUAUUGGCCCAGGUGUGUCCUUAAAUAAAAUUUUAUUUUAUGCUUUGAGAUGGUGGGGGCCAGUGAAGAGACUUGUGAGGCCAUGGAUCGGAUCAGUCAGCCAAUGUUUGCUAUUGCUGGGAUUACUCUUAUCACCGUUUUAACUAUCAGUCUACUCAUCGUGAGCAUCAUCAAGUUCAAAACUGUAAGAUUAAAAGAUAAUGAAAUUGGGCCUACGACUUUUCGGGUCAGCGACAUUUCGGGUCAACGAUAGUAUGGAUUGCAUGAUGGGGGGUAAGAAGGCUUAGUAAUUAGAAAUAAUAAGAUUGAUCGGGUCUAACAUAUUUUAACACCUAUUUAGAGGUAUUUUAGAUGUAGUCACGUCAAAAUUAACUGAAUAAAAGCUACGUAUUCUCGUUUUUUCCGCAAGUUUCAGUUUUUUAUACAUACGUUACAAUAACUCAGGUAAAGAAAACUAACGUUAGUAAAAGCUACAAUUAGAAAAAGUGGACAUAUUGAAAGUUUUCGCCAAGUCUCCGCCGAGCGUCCGCCGAACAUCCAACGGCUUUACCAGGAUUCGUAAGCCCUUCCGACAACCCUUUUUGAAUAUCCACCUGCCCUAAGCCCCGUAUCGAUCGAUUUUGUGUUGACCCGAAAAGUCGAGACGCGAAACAUUAUUAUAAAAACACAAGUAAAAAUGCACUAGUGUUCUUUACCACUUAAUUUUUAAAACGAAUUGUAAAUUUUAGGAACAAAAAAGUAAUAAACCGCUGUCAAUACAGUAUAUGUAUUAUACUUUAGGACAAGGUAAUCGAAGUGGAAGCUCGCCUUUUCUCGGUUAUGGAUUCAGUUCUCCAACAUACGAUUCCGAUCCUUCUGACAGAAGAAAUGUUAUUCAGAAGUCACGCCACCCAACUCCAACAGAAUGCCUACCACGAAUCCUUGAAAUAA